ACUGUAGUUGUCGCUCCUGCAAACAAGUCACAUUUACCGAGAAAGUCCUUAGAAGGAUUUUCGGUUUUGGCUUGUGCUUACCUUAGUAUUUCAUAUUUUGAAUAACUUUUCGAAUGGUACCGUUUAAACGAACGACAUACGUGCGUAAAUUUUAACCGGCUUUUUUAACGCACGGACUAGAUGGAUGCGUAGAGUCUUUCCUCGCAAAUCUUACUCUUUUAUCAGCUCGAAGGCGUCCUUUGCAGGUAUGUUUUCACUUUUUUACGGUUUUGUAAUGUUAUGCGCGCUGGGCUGCCGACACCAAGCGAGCUGCCAAGUGGACGACGGAAAGCGGUACAUUUGCCGAGCGGUGCCCCUCGUCGGCGACACCAGCUGCCCAGUGACCUUGUUACCGGAAAUCAGCAGCGGGGGUCAAGAAGAGGAGCUCCGCAACACUGUCAUGCAGCUACGAGAGACUAUAUUGAUGCAGAAAGAGACCAUUUCCAGGCAAUUAGUCACUAUUAACGAGCUGACCACCAAACUGUCUCUAUGCGCAUCAACCACUGAUGAUAGAAAGUACGAAAAGGGGGCUCUCCGGGGCAAAGUGAAGCAAAACACAAUGGGAGACGUCCCCAGAGAUCCCAACGACACAGUGGAGAAUCUUGGAAAAACGAUGCAGGGGCUCAAGGACCGACUGGAGAAUCUGGAGCAACAGCAGAUGCGGGCCAACAUAUCUGGCGCGCCGUUUCCCACUGAGCUGCGUGACUUGCUGCAGCGUCGCCUGGUUGAGCUGGAGAAACAGCUCCUGAGAAAAGUCAACAACCUGGAAGAGGAGAAGAGCAUGCUGACCAAUGCCACCGCGGAAUACCAACUCAAGACGGAAAAUACGCUCAACGAGCUGGUAGAGAGGAUAAGCGAGCUGGAGAAAGGAGGGGAAGAUUUCAAGUCUCCUGAGCAGUUCAAGAUCUCUCUUCCCCAGCGUACAAACUACCUGUACGGCCGCAUCAUCAAGAGCCUUCCAGAGAUGUAUGCAUUCACGCUCUGCAUGUGGAUUAAGUCCCGCGCCACUCCAGGCAUCGGGACACCCUUCUCCUAUGGCGUGCCCGGACAAGCCAAUGAGAUUGUGCUGAUCGAAUGGGGAAAUAACCCAAUUGAGCUGCUCAUUAAUGACAAGGUUGCUCAACUGCCCUUGGACGUACGUGACGGAAGGUGGCACCACAUCUGCAUUACCUGGACCACCAGAGAUGGUCAGUGGGAGGCUUAUCAAGAUGGAGAAAAGCAAGGCACAGGAGACAACCUGGCAGCAUGGCACCCUAUUAAACCAGGAGGGGUGAUCAUCCUGGGCCAAGAGCAGGAUGUUGUCGGUGGACGCUUUGAUGCCGGACAGGCCUUUGUGGGUGAAUUGAGUCAAGUUAACAUAUGGGACCGUGUUCUGAAGCCUGCGGAUAUCCAGUCUAUGGCCAACUGCACGUCGUACCUGCCGGGUAACGUGAUCUCGUGGCUUGCGGCUAAUGUUGAGGUGUUCGGAAGAGGGGCCUUUAAAAGGCCCUUGGAGAUGUGUCAGGAGAGGCUGCCUAAUAACUAAUCACAAAGCAUUUGCCUUUAAUGAUAAUUAACUAUUAUGUCUAAGCAUUCAUUUCUUUUCUAAUUACUGUAAGACAGUUUAUGGAAGCUGUGAAAACAUCAUCGUGAGUGUUGAAAAUAACACUGCAUGUGAAAAUUACACACCAUCUAUUGCUUACUAUUUUUGCUGCCUGGUGUUAAAUCAGUUCAGUGGAUGUUUCCCUAUUGUAUUACCAUUACCCAACUAUAACUCCUCCACCGUGAGAGGCUUUGAAUCCACUCCAGACUCUUACAGUCUAAAUGCCACUGAUACAAAUACUCGGAGCCAGCCGGACUUCCGCUGACAUGUGAGCUGCUGUUGCGUGCCGUCCAAGGGGAGAGUAGGAGAGAAGAUUAUCUUUAAGGUCUGGCUAAUGUUAUGUCUAUUGCUUAACGGGGGAAUCGGCUUGGAGCCAAAAUCAAUCACAUGUUGUAUCCUGACAUGAUUAGUGUGGAAAACCAUUCUCUUAAAUUGAAUAAAUGAAGAAUCAAUAUUCUGCAUGGGCAUUAAGCCAAUAAUAUACGAUUAAAUCAAACACAGUGCUUUUUUUUCCCCUUGCCUUGUCCAUUUGAACAAAUCUUAUUAAAUGGAGAUUUGUGUUUAUAGCAUACUGGUACAUUGUUAUAAAACAUUUAUUUUUCUAUAUUGAUGCAGUGGAUUGUGCGUAAAGUAAUUAUCAUUGUUAGCACAGCUAUAACAACACUGGAUGUCUACUUCUACUAUACUUGCGUGUGUGUCAUAGUGUACGUCCCGCAAGCUUUUUUAUUUUUUAACUGUGUAGCUGUUUUGCACUUUUAAUGCUACAUAAUUGUCCGUUUGGCCUUCAUAGGGACUCAAGUGCCAACCAUUGUUUUGUAUGUAUUAA